GGGACCAUCAGGACACCGUUCCACGUCCCCAGCUGCGGGUCCAUUCCUUGUUGUCUGCUUGUUGUUGUUGUUGUUGUUCGGUUUCCCUUUGGAUCUGAGAAAUCUUCUUUGUCUCUCUGGUGCUCUUCUCCUUUAUGACUCUGACUUAUCAGAAUAGGCUCUGGACUUUAGUCUUAUGAGCCAAAGAUGGACCAGCAAACAUAAGCCCCCCCCCCCAGUUGUGAAAAAGAGGCACAACUGCCUCUUUGUGUUUAUUUAUUUCCUGUACAUUCAGCCUUUAACAGAAAUUGCUAAAAAUAAUAAAUACGACCCUCCUAUCAUCGGCUUACGUUUGGAAUUAAAAAGUGAUCUUGGGCUCGAAAAGGUUGGUGACCACUGCUCUAGAUAGUCUUUGUGUUACUGUACCUGUCUUUCAAAGGAAAUAAGCCAACACAAAGCAUUGCUGCUUUAUACACACUUGGAUAAUUUAAUCUAUUUCAUCACAUCACUUUUUCUAAACUUCUCAAUUGUUUUAUAAUUAGAAUGUUGUUCUGAAAAGUCCUAAACACAGCUGAAAAAGGGCAAAAAAAAUGCAAUAGAGUGGAAGUAUCAGAAAGCGGAAAUACUUGAGUACAAAUACGUCCACAAAGUUCAGUGACUGAGUAUAAGUACAGUGUUUAGUUACUUCCCCCCCCUCAAUAUUAAAAAUAGUUAAAGUUGGUUCUUCACUGUCUGGAGCAUCUGCGUUAGAAGUGAAAGUCCCUGAUCAUAGACACUACAAUGUGCUGUUGGUGGCUCUUUUAUCUAUAACCUGACCUUGGGUACUGCUUGGAGAGAGAAGGGAGUAUCUGUGGAAUUAGACAGCCACUAUUCUCUUGUUCAGAUAAAAUGUAAUAUACACUAUAUACAGAACAUAUGGUGGCAUAUACAGUAAUGUGUGAGGAUGUUACAAAAUUCCUCAAUGUUUAUAUUUACAUUUACUGAGGCAGAGGGCACAUCAUGCAUUUUUGCAUCUUGCAAAUUUAACAUUUAAUUAACGCAGUAUUAAUUUACUGUCAGUGCAGUUCAACAGUUUGUGUGCAGUCCUUCUCAUUGUACAUAUUCUUACACUGUACGUAUUUCAGUUUUUUUAUUCCAUUUAUAUUUCUUUACAUGUUAAUUUCAUAUUACUUAUCAUUACUUUACCGGUGUCAUUGUUUGUUUGCCCCUUGCUGCUGUCACGUUGCAAAUUUCCUACUAAUUGUAGUUCGUUACUCAUUAUAUUGCACUGUCUGUCGAUACUGCAAGAAAUAGCACACUGUUUAUUGACAACAUGGCCUGGAUGUUGAUAAUUUGAGUCCUUUUUGUGUGUGAUAUGCAGAGAUCUUGCAAAUAGCUGUUGCCAUUAACAUUAGCUCUGGAAAAAAAAAGAAGAGGUAGAAUCUGUGAUAUUUCCUUGGAGUUCUGAAAUAUAAGGUAGUUUUGAAAAACCCCCCCGAUGUAGUUUGCUGUUGAUAAGCUGGAUUUUUUUCAUGUUGCUAAGCCACAAUGACAAAAUGUUACUUAGAUGCCAUCUUGCUUUGGUUCCAACCAAAUUUUGUGGGAUCAGGUUAUGGUCAGUGUCAUUGCUGACAAGCAUCAUGGCCAUGCACUGGCAAAGAAAGAAAAGAAGUUGCACUUUCUAAUAGAAUUGAUACAAAUUAUUCUUAUCGAAAUAAAAGAAAAGCCGUUAUUCAUUUUGCAGUGAAGAUAAAGGCCUAUCUCACGACAGCUGGAAACACCCGAAGGACAAUUCUCAUGGAUAAAGUCUGGUGUACAACAAGCAGCUUUCCUUACAGGCUGGUUUUGCAGGUUUUGAGUGAACUGAUAUCUAAGAUGAUGAAACCUCAUUCAAAAGAAGAACGUAUCAGACAAAGUAAAAUGUAUCCAUUGUGAACUUGACUUGAAGAACCGUCAGGGAGUGGAUUGAAACAGGAUUUUUGAAGGGAUACAAGAAAGAGACAACACAAUGGCAUCUUAGUAUGCUGGUGAGUUUGCCAAUUCCCCUCAGGAAUUUAGUGAGAGCUUCUACGAACUAUAAAGGCAACCAAAGAAACUUAACAUCAUUCAGCCUAAUGUUAAACCACCUGUGCCUGACAACCUACAAUGUGAAAUCAUUGAGCUGUAAACCAAGGAGGAGCACAAAGCCCAGCACAACGACCUCGUAGUAAAACUGAUCCAUUGUCGUCUGCAAACGUGAACAACAGAGUCGCCCGAAAUGGUCCUUUCCUCGCCACACUCCUUGAGGCUGAAGUAUGCGUCUCUGGGGGUCCUGGUGUUGCAGACCACGUCGCUGGUGCUCACCAUGCGCCACUCCCGCACCCUGAAGGAAGAUGGCCCCCGCUACCUGGCCUCCUCCGCUGUGGUGUUGGCCGAGGUGCUCAAGGUCCUCACCUGCACCCUGUUGGUCUUCAAGGAUUGCAGUUUCAAUGUGCAGUCUAUGAACCAGCUGCUGAAGGAGGAGAUUGUGAACAAGCCCAUGGAGACCAUGAAGUUGGCCAUUCCUGCAGGAAUCUACACGCUGCAGAACAAUCUGCUCUAUGUGGCCUUAUCCAACCUUGACGGAGCCACCUAUCAGGUGACGUACCAGUUGAAGAUCCUCACCACGGCACUAUUCUCUGUCUCCAUGCUGGGGAAGAGUUUGCGCCUCCACCAGUGGCUCUCGCUGCUCCUACUCACGGCUGGCAUUGCUCUAGUGCAGUUGCCCACAGAGUCUGGAGGUGACCCGGAGCAGACGAUCCCGACGGCAGGAUCCCAGUUUGUGGGACUGAUUGCCGUGCUGAUGGCCUGUGUGUCCAGUGGCUUUGCUGGAGUUUACUUUGAAAAAAUCCUCAAGGAGACCAAACAGAGCGUGUGGCUCCGUAACAUACAGCUGGGUUUGUUCAGCUUUUUGUUUGGCUCUAUAGGCAUGAUGAUGUACGACGGCCAGAGUGUGAUGCAGUCAGGAAUAUUUCAGGGCUACAACUCUAUAACCUGGACCGUAGUUGUCUUACAGGCUAUGGGCGGGCUGGUCGUAGCUGUGGUCAUUAAAUAUGCAGACAACAUCCUCAAAGGAUUCGCCACAUCUCUGUCCAUCAUCCUGUCCGCUCUCAUUUCAUAUUUCGUGUUGGCGGACUUCAAUCCCACUGGACUAUUUUUCAUUGGGACCAUGCUGGUUAUGGCCGCCACCAUUCUUUACAGCUACCAGUGCAAACCUUCCAGUGUUAUCAUGAUCAAGAUAGAGACCGGUGCCACCUGAAAGGAAAUCACCCCCAAGCGUAGAAAGGAGUGGAACUCUAUGACAUGUGACAUACAAGAGUAUUCCGAAAUGAAGGGUGCGGUAAAAACAUGGAGGUGAUCAAACCUGUUACUUCCCAACAACUACAACUGGAGACUGUUGCGACUAGAUGGGUCCCAUCACACCUCUUAGUCAAUGAUGUCGAUUACAUUUGCUUUGUAGAUGUAUUUCUCUGACGUCAGAAAACAUGUUAUUCAUGCAGUGUGAAGGGACCAGCAGGAACAAACUGAGGAAACCUUGGCCACAUGAAUGUUUGGAAAUGUUUGAGGGGACAUGUUUCAGUUUAUAUAAUGUGAGUAAAAUGAUCAUUUUGUAUUUACAAAAGGGAAAGGGUGUUGAUGAUGCAGUCAUGAAAAAGGGACAAAUCCUUGACAGAGCUUCCAUCUAGUGGUGGAGUGAAGAUCAAACUUGCUGCAAAGAGGAGGGGUUACCUCUGUUCAAAGAUGCUGAAUGUCUGUUUUUAGAUGAGAUGAGAUGGGAUAUGACUGCUUUGACCUUGCUGCUCACAGCCUGUGUAUUUAUAUCAAACGCACUCAAUAUUUAAAUGCAAAAUAAAAGUGUUUAUGCAAGAACAA